AUGUAUCGGUCUCCACGCUGUUUGAACCAUCACGACGUGAUCGUACGUUGGGAAAGAGAGCCGAUGUCAGCCAAUCACUGCCUGUCUCACCGAGCCACAAUUGCUGAUCUCGAUGCGGUGUUGGGACUUACAGAAAUGCUCGCUGCCACCUUGGGCUUCAAAGCCUUGUCUGGCCCUUGCCAGUCCCUCGUGAUGCCAACUUUAAGGUCAGCAGACGAAGACGGCACAGAGUCAAGGCGAUCUUUUCGAGACAGACCCAAUCGACCCGAGUUGGCUUUGAGCGCACCACCUUUGAUGGGCGAAGCGCCGAGCUUCAUGUCGCGCAUGUUGGCGGAAACAUCCUUGAGAGGCGAGUCCAUGGCGUGGUAUGUGUUCGAUGCCGCUCGUAUAAGUGCGUGGGAGCCGGAAGCGCUCGUCCGUGUUCCAAAUGGCGAAUAUGCUGUUAGGACGCCUUUUUUGGUCCGGAUCGUGUGCGAAGGCCUUUCGGGCUUUCGGUCGAAUAGACUGCUUGACGGAUAG